AGCCGUGGCUCUCCAUGUGGGUUGCGAAGCGGCGCGGCGUUGCGACGCCGCGCGCCGCGCAACGGACCGACGGGUGAACGGCUGAGCCACGCGUUGAGGACGGGCGAGACACUGCUUCGAGUGUUCGAUGUCGUCGUCCAAUACGGUCACGCGAACGCUGAUCAACUUGGACCAAUUCCGAGUUGUUUCGCGGGACCUCACAAAGGGCACCUUUACUGGCGGAGCCUUCACUGCUGUGGCCUAUGCCCUACUUCUGCUUUUGCUCAUAGCAGAGCUGCGAGCCUUCCUCAGGAAGAACUACCAGACCAACAUCAUCAUGGAUCAGAAUAAUGAUGAGUUGAUCCAAAUCAAUUUUGACAUCCUGAUGUACGACUUGCCGUGCAAGUACUUGAAGAUCGGCGUUUGGGAUCGAUUUGGAGAAGAAAAAAUCAACAGCACUGAUCAGUUUCAUUACAUCCCUGUGGAUCACAAGGGCCAGUACAAGGGCAUGGCC